AUGCUUAAAAAAGAGCCCAAUCGUUAGAUUGAUUUGACACUUGUUCUUAAUGCUACAAAACAAAAGAUUAAAAUCUCUGUAGGUAUUCAUACUACUUUAAAGGAAAUUGCUAAUCUUCUUGCAGAAGAAUUAAGUAUUCAAUCUCUUAAAACUUAGCUUUGGAUGUAUUCAGAACUAGAAUCAGUUUUUAAGAGACUUAUAAAACUACCAAGUUAGAUGAAUCAAAAACACUUAAAUAAUUAGGCAUUUCAAAUGAUAAUCAACAAUUAUUUGCCAAUGUAGAAACUAUACAAACUAAAACUAUUGGAAGAGUUACUAUGGCUAAAACUUUUUAAAAACCAAUUGAGAGAUUUCGGGUUACAGAUCUAGAUUUAGUUCCAUUUCAUCCUGGUUAAAUAUAACCAUUUGAAGUUGAAGGUUUAACAUUAGAAGUAAAAAUAACUCUUAAUAUAGGCUGUUUGUAUUAAUGCUAAAUGCAUUAAUUUUUAAAGAGAAAUAGUAUUUCCUAUAGGGUUUGGAACUUUUAGCUUUCAACGUAUUAUGAGAGAUGUUAAAUGUGAUAUGUGUCCUUAUAGAGCACUAGGAAUCAAUCCAUCUGUUUUAGUAAGAGAGUUAUUGUUUCGUGAUUGUAAAUGGACAAUAUCAGGACUCAAAAAAGGAGGCAAUGGCGUAUUUGAUCAAUGUUUGAAUAGAUGGGUCAAAGUAAAAGGAAGGGAUAGUGUGGCAUUUCCAUAAAUUGUUGGUUAAGAUAAAUGGAAAGAAGUAUGGAUUGAAAUUAAACCUAUUGGAGUUGGAACUCAAAAACAUCCCUUUUUAAUAUAACCCGAUUGUUUGGACGAUUUUUAUUACUCCUAUUUUUGA